UUCAGCAUGAAGGAUCUUACUGAACAAAAUACCUCAUUCACAGACUUCAGAUUAAAUGGAUUCUACAGUUUAGGAGAAUGGAGGCCUUUUUUAUUCAUUCCCUUUUUCCUGAUGCUUUUAUUAGCCAUCACUGCAAAUGUACUUGUCAUAUAUUUAAUAAUACAUUAUAGGUCUCUGCAUUCUCCUAUGUAUGUACUAAUGGGUGUUAUGUCAGUGUUAGAUUUGCACUUGCCUAUGUGCUUUGUUCCUAACAUGCUUCUUAGCUUUUUAUUCAACUGGAGUGGGUGAUCUCUAACCGGUUGUUUGGUACAAAUGUUCGGCAUUCAUUUUGUUGGAUCAUUUCAAAUUACUCUACUAUUGUGGAUGGCAUUAGAUCGUUACUUUGCAAUAUGCAAACCUCUUUACUAUCAUAAAUACAUGGAAAUCUCGAACUUUCUAAAGUUUGUUGUGGCACCAGCUAUCAGAAAUGGACUCUUGGUUAUAACCAUGGUCUCUCUGGCUGGAAGACGGUCGUAUUGUUCAACAAAUGUCAUUGAGCACUGUUUCUGUGAACACAUGGCUUCGGUUCAGUUAGCAUGUGGGGAUAUCUCAGUUAAUAAUAUUGUAGGGCUUUCAUGUGCUUUCCUUAUAGCAGCCGCAGACUUUAUUCUCAUUACCAUCUCUUACAUUGUUAUUUUUUCCUCUGUGUUGAAAUCUGGCAGAGAUCACAUGAAGGCCUUAAACACCUGUAUCACUCACAUAAUUAUCUUGUCAAUUAGUGUGACCUCUGCUUUGAUUGCGUUUUUGUCCUACAGAAUAAGAAAUAACCUUUCUUCCAGCAACCGUAUAUUCAUUAGCAUUAUUUACUUAUUUUUUCCAAGUUGUCUCAACCCAUUAAUUUAUGGAUGGAGAACAAAAGAAAUAAGACAAACGUUUCUAUGGUUCAUAAACAAGGCGAAAGUCUUCCCUUUUAAAAAGUGGAAGGCAUAA